AUGUCGGACUUUCACAACAUUAGAUCUCGUAGACGCAUACCAGAACCCAAUUCUUACUCGACAGUUGAUUUCGAUUACGAUCCGGACCAGAAAAAUCACAAGCCAGCUGGCCCUGGUGGAAUCGCCUACAGCUCCUUCUCUACCGUUUUCAACGCGUCUGCUUCUCAACUUUGGAAUUCUGCGCAGGAGGCGCUUGCAUCUUCUUACGACACAGCGGAAGGCCAAGAAGCUGUCGACGCAGAUCGAUUGAAAGUUGCAGAGACACUCGAAUCCUUGACUAUUUUUGGAAGUCCAUUGGAUCACAUUAUUAUCACCAUGCCGUCUCGAGACAGAACUUCUGAAUUCCGGGCCACUGCCAAAUCUUAUGAGAUGAAAGCAGCAGCCAAUGGUGUUCGACCACACCCAAAGCAUGAGAUGCUUGCGGAAUCAGUUCAAUUCAAUCAACUCGCCAAACGAAUUGGACGUGAAUUGAGUCAAACAUGUGCAAAAAUGGAAAAACUGGCAGAAUUCGCGAAAAAGCGAAGUUUGUAUGAAGAACGAUCUCAAAUCGACCAUCUUUCAUCUAUCGUCAAAACCGAUAUCACUGGUCUCAACAAACAAAUCGCAGCCCUUCAGGAUUUUCAAGAAGACGUGCUGGAAAUUACGGAGACCAUGAAAGCUGAGAAGAAUCGUCGUGAUAAGUUUUCGAACAACACUCCGCUUCCAAUGGGACUCCCAUCAUCUUCAUCUGGUGCGAAUGUUCGUUCUAAACUCCUUCAAGACGACGAGCAGCACGGUUCUUCGAGCAUCGCCUUGGAUAUGGGAGCGUUAGAUAAUUUCCAAUCUCAAAAAACCAUGCAACAGCGAGACACAUCCUUGGAAUAUGCCCAAGCCCGUAGCAAUACGAUGGCUACAAUUGAAGGUUCGAUUUCCGAACUUGGCCAAAUCUUCUCCCAGCUGGCUUCACUAGUUAGCGAACAAGGAGAAAUGAUCACUAGAAUUGAUUCGAACGUCGAAGACACAGCCCUGAACAUCGACAUGGCCCAUUCAGAGCUCGUUAGAUACCUCCAGAACAUUAGCAAAAAUCGUUGGCUUAUGAUUCAAGUCUUCGGUGUUCUGAUGGUGUUUUUCGUCGUAUUCGUGCUCUUCUUGACCUAA